GGCGUAGUAGGAUAUUCCCAGAUCCUCUAUUAAAAUUGUAAAUAGAAAUAGUUCAACUACAUGAAUGUUAUCCUUGGAUAUUGCAAGAAUUAUGUUCCAGUCUCUAGUCUUCAGGGUCGAACUAUUAUUCAAAUCAUCUUCAGAAGAAUCCAGGGACCUGAGUUUUUUGACCGAGUAAUGAAGUCAGUUUGUAUAUACUAUACAUACAUAUACGAACGUUAAUAUUUGAAUAUAUCAGUCGUAAGGACCUUGCUUUAUCGGACCCAGUCUGCAGCUGAUCACAUCUGACAUAACCUGACCGAAUUAAAUUUGUGGGUUAUUUUUUUAGCGUUUCCAUUUCAGCAGACUGAUCCUAUGACAUACAUACGAUCAGUACGCAUUGUACACUCUUCCUUCAGGGGUGUCAUUAUAGUAACUUUGGACGGUUGCCUGCUUGAGUGAUCGCAUUGGUGUUCGUUUGAAAAAAACCGGAUGAUGAAGCGGUAAUAUAAGAAUCUUUCGCACGAACCACAAAGGUGAUUGACCCUGGAAGAAUGAUUCAGUCUGUACUGCUAAGAAGCAGGUACUGUUUAGCGAUCAAAGAAAAAUGUCUCUUUAAAGGCACAGUCAGGCUUUGGGGACGACGGAUCCUACAUGUAGACGCCAAUAGCCACAAUGAAAAUCAGGCAUCUGCAAAAAAAAAAUCCUCUCAAACUCCUGUUGUGAAAGUUCUACAACAACGAUUGAUACGUGACAUUCGUCAGACCAAGGAACGUGUGGAGGAGGUUAUAGAGAAAGAGAACAUAUGGACUGUGCCAAAUUUUCUCUGCAUUAGUCGUAUAAUAACGUCACCAUAUUUGGGAUAUCUGAUCGUUUCACAGGAUUACCAGGUCGCGUUAUGUCUCCUAGCCCUUGCCGGAAUCACAGAUCUGGCCGAUGGAUGGAUCGCACGCACAUGGUCCUCUCAAGCUUCCAAGUUGGGAAGUCUGCUUGACCCUGUGGCUGACAAGAUGUUGGUGGGAACGCUCUUUCUUACACUUACAUGGGUAGAACUAAUUCCUAUCCAGCUCACAUGCCUCGUUAUUGUCCGCGAUGUUGCUCUAGUUAUUGGGGCUUCCUACAUCAGAUAUCGUUCUCUGCCAAAUCCUAGGACACUGGUGAAAUACUUUGACCCUACUUAUGCUUCUGUUCAAUUGGCGCCAACAUUUGCUAGUAAACUAAAUACAGGGGUACAGCUAUGCCUAGUGGGUACUACUUUGGCUGCCCCUGUAUUUCAUUAUGUCGAUCAUCCUCUUCUGCAGGGCCUGUGCUACUUGACUGCAGUUACAACUCUUGCCGGUGGUCUCAGUUAUCUUGUGUCAAAAGAUACUUAUAAGUUUCUUCGUAAACCAAGGAUUAGUCCACCCUCCUCGCCCCCGUGAACCUAUUGUAUAAUUGUAAGUGGACUUUAUAGAAUAGUUUGAAUCAUUUGGAUGAUGAAAAACUUGUAAUCAAAGUGACUCAAAUGCCAUCUUUUUAUCCACGUACCUACAAACCAUACUUUUCAUCAUUAUGUAGGAUUGAGAAUUCAACUUUGAUUCAAGACAUCUGUAUACGUGUAAAAUUUGUUUUUUUAUAAUUAGGAUUAAUUUUACUCGAAUAUUUGUGAACCUACGCUGUGGAUACAAUCUCAAAUCUAGUA